GCACUUGUGCUUCUGGAAGAGUUGCAAGAGGAAAAGUUGCAGCCCAACGAAGUGGUCUAUGGUGCGGUGCUGCGAAGCUGCAGAAUGCAGGGGCAGUGGCUUGAAGCUUGCCAGAUCUUGGCGAAUGCGAAGUUGGCAGAAGUUCCACUGACCGUCCGACUGUCAAGUGAGCUGAUGAACGUGUGUGCGCAAGCUUCAGAAUGGCAAGUUGCUUGCUCGGCGCUGGCAGAGUUGCAAAGCCUGCGGCUUGAAGCUGAUGUUGUGGCAAAGAAUUCCGCGAUUGCAGCGUGUGCUCGGGGCUUUGCUUGGCCAGCAGCGUUGCAGCUGCUUGAAGACCUCGCAGUGCCAGGUGAAGUGAGCUACACCUCCGUGAUCAAUGCCUGUGGCAAUGGUCAUGAAUGGAGCUUGGCCGUGCACCUCUUGAGCUUGAUGAAAAGUUCCUGGAUCAGCCCAUCACGUAUCAGCUGCAAUGCUACAAUCAGCG